AAAGACACAUCUGAUUAGGAGGCUAAACUGAAGACCUAUGGGGGCAGUUUGCUGGUGGCUGGCAUGGGGCAUGCUGUUUGGAGCCUUGCCCCUGUUCUCGCGGGUGCAGCCCACUCCCAGGAAUGGGGGCGUCCGAGGGAGCUGGUCCUCUGACUGCAAUGGCCGUGACUGGCCAGCCCCCAACAUUUUGGAUGACCAGGACAGGUGUCUCCAGGCUGCUCACCAGAACCCUAGGAGUGCUGAGGAGAGAGGCGGUCUUCAUCUUUGUAGCCACACAGAAGUGCAAGUGGGGGUCUCUGCUAAACAUGUGCAACUCCUGAGUGAGGGGAAGUUCAGCUGUCCUCCAGGUGCUCUGAGGGGAAUGGCAGGAGACCCAGCAGCCCAGCGCCCAUCCCCACCAGCUUCUGGAGAGCAGUUUUCCUGGUUGAAAAUGACCAGGAAAGGACCAUUACAUUCUGAUGGGAAAACACCAGUUUCCCUGGACUGGAGCACCAGUGCCCACAGCUCUCACAGCCGCCUGCCUGGUCCCUGUACCACCAGCGUCCCAGAAGCCCAGCCUGGUCCUGAGAGGUCCUGUCUGCUCACUUGGCGUCCCCCUGGGCCCAUCCCAGUGCAGGAUCCUAGCCAUGCAGUGAACCCCGUCCUCCACAGCUUCCCAGAAGCAGGUGUCCAGGCCCCUUUGCCUCUGGGAUUCCAUGCACACUUGGCUUCCCCGGCAGCUGUCUGUCUGACUCUGGAUUUUGGAGACAGCUCUGGGGUUGAAAUAAGGCUGAACAAUGUGUCUGAGGCAGCGGUGGCGACUGCCUACCACCAGUAUGGGACAGAAGGAGUCUAUAUGCUCAAGGCUGUUAUUUAUAAUGAGUUUCAUGGAGCGGAAGUGGAGCUUGGGCCCUAUUACAUGGAAGUCAGCCAGGGGAAUGUGUCUGUGUUCCUGAAUUCCAGUAGUGUCCACAAGGAUGAAGCUCUCAUCUUCACUGGCUCCUCCGUGAAUCCAGAAAGCACUGUCGUUGUGCACCGUUUCUCACCCAGUUCUUCAUAUAAUGUGUCCUUCAUCUCACAGACCCAAGUGGGUGACAGCCAGGCUUGGCUCGGUGUGACCAUUCGGUACAAGAUGCAACCUGUCUCUGUCUACACCAAUGGAACUGUGUUUGCUGCAGACACGGACAUCAUGUUUACAGCUGUUACCAAGGAAACAACACCCUUGGAGUUUGCAUGGUAUUUUGGAGAUGGACCACCAGUGAGAACAACUUUAAGAAUCAUUAAAAAGAGACUCAGCAUCCCCCAAAGGUAUCAUGUGACAGUCAGGGCUGCCAGCAGACUCAGCAGUGUGGUCUCCGAGCCCCACCUCAUCACGGUCCAGAAGAAAAUCAUAGCCAAUAGGCUAAUGUCUGCCCCAUCAGCUCUGGUGAACACCAGUGUGACCUUCGAGUGCAGAAUCAACUUUGGCACGGAUGUUGCUUACUUGUGGGACUUUGGAGAUGGCACCGUCAGCCCAGGCCACAGCUCCAGCAGCCACAUGUACAGCAGGGAAGGAGAGUUCACAGUGGAGGUCCUCGCCUUCAAUAACGUCAGCACUGCCAUCCUGAAAAAGCACCUUUUCAUCACGCGUGAGCCCUGCCUGCCGCCGCUGGUGAAGAACAUGGGUUCUGGGAAGGUCCAGAUCUGGAGGUCUCAGCCCAUGAGAUUAGGGGUGACGUUUGAAGCUGCCAUUCUCUGUGAUAUUUCCCAAGGCCUUUCUUACACCUGGAGCUUUAUGGACUCAGAAGGGUCUCCUGUGCCCCUCCCUGCUGCUGUCAAUAUUCACAGACAGACCAUUGUCCUCCCAGGCUACCUGCUGGAGUACGGGAACUAUACAGCCCUUGCCAAGGUGCAGAUCAAAGGUAGAGUGGUGUACAGCAACUUCUGUGUGGGCGUGGAGGUGUGGGCCAGGGCCCCGGUCAGCGUGAUCUCAGAGGGCACACACCUGUUUGUCCCCAGGACUGCCGCCUCAUCCAUCAUCCUCAGGGGGUCGCAGUCCUUUGACCCUGACCGUCCUGGGACCACUCUCAGGUAAGUACCACAACGGUGUGCUGCCUCUCAGAUUCGC